GCACAUCCUGUAUAUAUAUAGAUAGUACUAUACUUCGUACGUGGAGCAUCUUGUCGUUGGUGGCAUGUGCGCUCGUAGCAGAAUGGACCGGCGAUCAAUGGCUGCCCGUUCGCCGUUGACGCUCCUGCUCAGCCUCGCCGUCGCCGCUGCCGGCGUACUUCAAGUUCGCGGCCAGCGCGCGCCUAGCAUCGAAGGUUUCAUCACCAUCGACUGUGGCCUGCCGGAGCAUAGCAGCUACGUGAACAACCGCACCAAGAUACCCAUCACCUCCGACGCCGGCUUCACGGACGCCGGCUACAACCGCAACAUCUCCGCCGAGUACGUGAGGCCGCAGCCCCAGCUCUCCAAGAACUACCUCAACGUCCGCAGCUUCCCCGACUCGGUGCGCAGCUGUUACACGCUGCCGUCCCUCGUGCCGGGGUCCAAGUACCUGCUCCGGGCCUUGUUCAUGUACGGCAACUACGACGGGCUCGACAAGCUCCCCGUCUUCGAUCUAUACCUCGGCGUCAACUUUUGGUGGAGGGUGAACAUCUCGAGAGCCGAGGGAUCGAUAUUGGCCGAGGUCAUCGCCGUGAUCCCGGACGACUCGGUGCAGGUUUGCCUGGUGAACAUCGGGUUGGGGACGCCGUUUAUCUCGGAGCUAGAUCUGAGGCCUCUCGAGAACACACUGUACCGGCAGGCGAACGCGACGCAAGGGCUUGUCCUGAUCGACAGGCGCAACAUGGGCGACACGGGCAACUACCCAAUCAGGUACCCGGAGGAUCCAUAUGACCGGGCUUGGUUGCCAUGGAGCAACCCGAAGUUUUGGCUGGAUAUCUCAACGAAGGAGAAGGUCCAAGAGAAUAUUGGCAGCCUCCGCCUCCACGCACCGUCUGCCGUGUUGCAGACUGCCGUCACGGCGCUCAACGACUCCGAGUCCAAGACCGUCAAGUUAUCGUGGAAGACGGAGCUGGACCAUGUCGAUCGAAUGCUUGGAUGUGUUGCCAUCUUGUAUUUCGCCGAGCUGCAGAUCCUGGCCGGCAAUGCGGUGCGCGAGUUCAACACCAUUGUCGACGGCGGACCCAACCAUCCAUACAGGCCCGAGUACCUCGUUGGUGACGCCUUAUACAAUGGUAACCCCCACGAGUGCUUAAGCCGGUACAACAUCACCAUGGUCGCCACGGCCAACUCGACACUGCCGCCGACCAUCAAUGCCUUCGAGUAUUUCUCCGUCAUCUCCACAGCCAAUGUUGGGACCGACCUUCGGGAUGUUUCUGCCAUCAACGCAAUCAAGGUUAAGUAUCAGAUGAAAAGGAAUUGGAUGGGUGACCCGUGUGCUCCGAAGAGUUUUGUGUGGGAUGGGUUGACCUGUAGCUAUGUUUUAUCUGGGCGGCCAAGAAUCACAAGCAUAAAUAUGUCAUCGGGCGGUUUGAAAGGCGAUAUAUCAUCUUAUUUCGGUGAUCUCAAAGGCAUCCAAUCUUUGGAUCUUUCAUACAACAAAUUGACAGGAUCAAUUCCCAAUGUUCUUGCACAACUACCCUCUCUCGUGUUGUUAGAUUUGACAGGUAACCAACUUAAUGGAUCCAUCCCCUCCGGGCUUCUAAAGAAAAGUCAAGAUGGCACCCUAACUCUAAGAUACAACAAAAACCCAAACCUUUGCAUCAACAAAAACUCUUGCCAGCCAACAAAAAGGGAAAACAAUUCUAAGAUUGUCGUCUAUAUUAUUGUUUCGAUAGUUGUGGUUGCUGUUAUUGGAGCACUUGUAGUACUUCUGAUUCUCAUAGUGAGAAAAAAGAAAGGAUCUACAAAGAGCAGCAAACGACAAGAUUGUCAACACCUGGACAACCAUCGAUUCACGUACAAUGAACUAGAGACCAUAACGGACAACUUCAAGAUAGUGCUCGGCCAAGGAGGGUUUGGAACUGUCUAUGAUGGCUUCUUGCAGGAUGGUACCCAAGUUGCAGUCAAGUUGCGGUCUCAAUCCUCCAGUCAAGAUGUAAGAGAGUUCUUGACAGAGGCUCAGACAAUAACGCAGAUCCAUCACAAGAAUCUUGUAUCAUUAGUUGGUUACUGCAAGGAUGGGAUAUAUUUGGCUCUUGUCUACGAGCAUAUGUCUGAAGGAAAUCUAGAAGAUAAACUCAGAGGGAGAAACCAUAGUGAUGUAUCCUUAACCUGGAGACAGAGGCUUUGCAUCGCACAACAAUCCGCACAAGGGCUUGAGUAUUUGCACAAGUCAUGUAGCCCACCCUUCGUGCAUCGUGACGUGAAGACAUCAAACAUCCUACUGAAUAAAAAUCUCGAGGCCAAAGUUGCUGAUUUUGGCUUGAUGAAGGCUUUCAAUAACGACGAUGAUACACAUAUAUCUACGGCGCGGGUGAUUGGCACACGAGGCUACCUUGCUCCCGAGUAUGCACUGGCCCUGCAACUAAAUGAAAAGAGCGACGUAUAUAGCUUCGGUGUCGUGUUACUGGAGGUAAUCACAGGACAACCCACCAUCCUUGAAUCUACAGAGGUCAUCCAUAUCGUCCAAUGGGCACGACUUCACCUUUCGGGAGGCAACAUCGAGGAAGUGGUGGAUGCCCGAAUGCAAGGUGACUUCAAUGUGAACGGCAUGUGGAAGGCUAUGGACCUAGCGCUAAAGUGCACUGAGCAUGACCCCGCACAACGGCCCACAAUGACUGAUGUGGCUGUCCAGCUACAAUACUGCCUCGAAUUGGAGAGCAAAGAUCAAACGAGAGGGAAUGCUAACAAUAACUUCCACAUGAUGGAAGAUAGCAGUCGUGACCGUGAUCUACCGAUGAUGUAAGGCUAGGCACCAUUUCAUUUGACAUGGUCAAUGUUAUUUGUUGGUAGGGCAGCAACCAUGAUCACCAGUCAUGCACUCUUGGUGCAUGAUAAAAAUUCCAUGUAUUAUUCACUAGGGAUUUUCCUACAUUAAUCCCAUACUUGUUCUUUGGUGACACUAAUAUAUUUUCUAUUUCAUUUUGACCCAUCUCCAUCGAACCUAGUCUUGAACUGAGAGAAGUGUUAUUUCAUGGCGAGAGAAAGUAUGUUUCUUGGUCAUAAAAUAGAGGUUGAUAGAGCUAAGAUUGAAGCUAUAGAAAAGUUCUCCAUGAUCACUAUGUACAAACCACAUGAAAAUUUUAUUUUUGAAUGGUA